CCCUCCUCUCUCGCUCUCCCUCUCCUCUCCUGCUAUAGAGGGCUCCAACAGCAGUUCCCAGCCAGUGUGUUCAGCCUGCCUGCCUGCCUGCCUCUGUGUGUGUGUGUGUGUGUGUGUGAGCGUGUGCGUGCGUCUACUUUGUACUGUGAGGAACACAGCCCAUGUGCUCUGCAUGGACGUUACUGAUACUCUGUUUAGCUUGAUUUUCGACAAGCAGGCAAGAUGUCCAGCACACCACAUGACCCCUUCUAUUCUUCUCCUUUCGGCCCAUUUUAUAGGAGACAUACACCAUACAUGGUGCAGCCAGAGUACCGAAUCUAUGAGAUGAACAAGAGACUGCAGUCUCGCACAGAGGAUAGCGACAACCUCUGGUGGGACGCAUUUGCCACCGAGUUUUUUGAAGACGAUGCCACAUUAACUCUUUCAUUUUGUUUGGAAGAUGGACCAAAGCGCUACACUAUCGGCAGGACCCUUAUCCCUCGCUACUUUAGCACUGUGUUUGAAGGAGGGGUGACCGACCUGUAUUACAUCCUCAAACACUCGAAAGAGUCCUACCACAAUUCAUCCAUCACAGUGGACUGUGACCAGUGUGCUAUGGUCACCCAGCAUGGGAAGCCCAUGUUUACCAAGGUAUGUACAGAAGGCAGACUGAUCUUGGAGUUCACCUUUGAUGAUCUCAUGAGAAUAAAAACAUGGCACUUUACCAUUAGACAAUACAGAGAGUUAGUCCCAAGGAGCAUUCUAGCCAUGCAUGCACAAGAUCCUCAGGUCCUGGAUCAGCUGUCCAAAAACAUCACCAGGAUGGGACUAACAAAUUUCACCCUCAACUACCUCAGGUUGUGUGUAAUACUGGAGCCAAUGCAGGAACUGAUGUCGAGACAUAAAACUUACAACCUCAGUCCACGAGACUGCCUGAAGACCUGCUUGUUUCAGAAGUGGCAGCGGAUGGUGGCACCCCCAGCAGAACCCACAAGGCAGCCGACAACCAAGCGGAGAAAAAGGAAAAACUCCACGAGCAGCACGUCCAACAGCAGCGCCGGGAACAACACCAACAGCACCGGCGGCAAGAAGAAGACUCCGGCCGCCAACCUGAGUCUGUCCAGUCAGGUACCUAUUGCUAGCAUUGCUCGUUCUCCGGUGUCAGGCUGCGCACUAAGGACAUAAACUCGCGUGGUUGUUCCCCAUCAGGAGGCAAUGUUUAUUUCCUGUAGAAAUCAAAUAUGCGUCUCGCCCCCACCCCCCGACUUUGAGACUUGACCCCCGGGACACAGUACACGAGUGUGUCUGUCCUAGAUCGCCCAGCCCCUCCCGCUAGUGUUUUAAGCUGAGCUUCUCUGUCCCAAGGUUUCCCUGUAAUAAUGUCAGCUGCUGUUCACAGGAUGUGAUGGUGGUAGGAGAGCCAACUCUGAUGGGAGGUGAGUUUGGGGACGAGGACGAAAGGCUAAUCACUAGAUUAGAAAACACGCAAUAUGACGCGGCCAACGGCGUGGACGACGAGGAAGACUUCAACAGCCCCCCCGCCCUGGGGAACAGCAGCCCGUGGAGCAGUAAACCCCCCGCCGCUCAAGAGACCAAAUCAGAAAACGCCCCGCCCCAGGCUCCCCAGUGAGACUGACCCGCACCUGCACCCACUGUCAGUAGGCCGUGGGGUACACACACCCACGCUUGCAGAUCCUUGCCUACAGGAGAGGAAGGAGGAGAAAUAAAAACUUUUCCAUGCGAAUACCUAUUUCUAAAUCACAGUGAUCUGAGUUUGAGUUUCUUUCUUUUUUCCUUUUUGAAUUGAGAGGAUUAUUCCAGUAAACUUCCAUGACCCUUCCCUGGAGGCCUUCGCAGGUAACACAUAUACUGGCACUGAUGGUAAUUAAAACCAGAGCGAACGCUCGCGCUUCUCCUGGCUCAGUGUUAACCACAUGUUUGUUAAUUACACGCCCCGCCCCGCCCCGCCCCACCCCGCCCAGCCCAACCUAACCCAGCCCAACCCAACGAAGGCCAUAUUGUCAAUACGCCCUCAGUGCUCAGGGUCUCAUUAUAUGCCGACCCUAACCACAGAUGACUUUUUAAUAUUGUAAAAUAUUUUCUGCUUUUUGACUUGCAUCUGAGAGUUUCUUGUUUCAGUAAAAAAAGAAAAGAAAAAAAAUCAGCUUUUGGACAGUAAUUUAAGUGUAUCCUUAUUAAUUUUUAUUACUUUCUUCACCUUUUCCUUCAUUGGGUAACAGCUAAGAGGACCUAGCAGGGUAAUUUAUGGGUGAGCUAAUGUCAAUCGGUUCUCCAACCCGAGUUGGUUCAAUUGAGCCCAAGUGCUGAAACAAGAAAUGUCUUUUUGUCAUCGAAGACGCCGAGGUGGAUUUUUUAUGUAAAGAAAGACACCUACCUGGCCCGUUGAGAACUGAUGCGUUUGUAAAAUUGCUGUUGAUCCAGAUCUUUUCAAGCCAUGUAAUCCAUUAAUUUUGUGGGCAGUUUAAUAAAUCUGAAACUCUUUUGUGUUUUUUAUUGUAUCUGAGUUGACUGUUGUUUCUUUUCAUAGUAUAUUUCUUGUAUAAUAUUUUGUAAAGCCCUCCCUUGGUUCUUUUAUGGGGAUUUUUCUUUUGGGGCAAUUCCAGUGUAUUUAUGUGAAACUUUAUAAGAGAACUAAUUUUUCCAUUUGCAUAUUAAUAUGUUCUGCCACACAUGUAAAGACACAGUGGCUCCAUGUGUUAUAAAACAGCUGUAUUUUAUGUAUGCUUUACCGAUAAGUGUGCCAAUAAUAAACUGUGUUAACGACCAA